AUGAUGUUUAAUAUAGGUAAUUUAAGUCGUCAUCGUCGAGUUGCUGUCAAGUCAUUUGAAAAUUUUUGUGUUGCUCAACUUGAACAACGAACAACAGCAAUAAGUGGUCAAAUCUAUCUACGAUUAGAUGUUCUUUUGUCAAUUAUUAUUCCUGAUAUGUUAGUUUUAAUUGAUGAAUAUUCGAAUGUAAUUACGACUCGUUUCAUGAUUACACAGAUUGAUUCAAAUAAUUCAUCAACAUUAUUAGAUGAACGACGAUUAAAACCUAUUGAAGAACGCUGGAGGAAAAUAAUCAGCAAAAGAGGUCGUGGUUAUUAUUCAAGAGCUCCUCAACAAUUAGUUUUCGCUGAUCUUGUUUCAUUACUUCUAUUGAGUAGGAAUGAUGUCAAUGCUGAUCUUAAAUUACCAUAUUUAACACCAAAUUGGUUGAACGUUGCUAUUGGUCUAUUACUCUCAACAGGAAAUGAAACUGGUGGUCGUUAUGAACUUUCAUCAUCAUCAUUAAAUCAUAAUUGUCCGUUACUUGAUGUUGUUAAAACGUUUAUAGAAGAAUGGUUUAGUUCAACAUUAACUCAAACUAAUAAUCCACGCUCAACAACAAUCAGUUUUUCUUUACCAAAAGAUAUGUUACUUGAUAGUUUUCAACAAUCUACAUUUAUUCUAGAAAAAAUUCUAACACCAUUACUUCCUUGUCAUUUAGUUGUUAAUAAAAUAUAUUCUAAACCUACAACUCGACAUAUUGAUAUUACAGAAUUUCCUUCAGUAUUAAUUGUUCACAUCAAUGAGUCACCAAUAGAUAUCAAAUAUAGAAAACCACCUGAUUUUGUUUCUCUUAAUUCAUUCGCUGAUUGGCGGGCUCUUGGUUUUCCAUCAUCCGCCAUGUACAAUUUAGUUUGUUUUAAUAGCAUAAUACGAUCAGGUGGAAAUGAUUUGAUGGUACGGGUCACAAAAGUAAAGAAAAGUUGGUCAACAAGUAUCAAUAAAAGAGUAAUUGGUAAUAGUGAUUUACUCAAACGUCUUUUUGCUCAUAGUCGAAUUUUGGUAUUUGAACGUGUUAAUAACAAAACUAAAUUUAAUCUUUUUCAAGCAAUUUUUAAAUGUACACUGGAUACAAAUUUUACUUCAUUUAAUAAUAUUCAAUCAUCCAGGACAAUUCAAGAGGUUUUUUCAAUAAUUGAAACCAAUCCUCAGUUUCAUGAACUAAAUGAUAAACUUAAUGCCAGUAUUAAAUUCUACUUUCGUUGCAAUUUUUGUGGUGAUACACCUGAUAAUCUUUCAUCAUCAGAUAAUCAAAUAUUUCUUUUCAAACAGAAUAUGAAUAAUCAACUCGUCGGUUAUCCAGUGGUGUCUAAUAACAUGAAUCAAAAUAAUACUAACUGGAUAUGCAAUAAUUGUAAUAAUUCAACAAAUAAUCUUGAGAUGGAUAUUCAUAAGCAAGUUUUUCUUAAAUCUUCAUCUUGCAUAAUUACUUGUACCAAUCCGAAAGUUGAAAAUAAUCCAUUUGAUAAUCAUAUCUGUUUACGUGAUAUGGAUGAUAAGGAAUACAAUUAUGGUGCAACUGCUUUACUAUGUUUUAGUACCUAUAGUGACAAUGUUGCUUUAGUCAAAAACAAAUCAAAUAAAUAUAUACAAUUAACUGGUGAUAAAUUUUCUGAAGAGACAUCAUUAACAUUUAAUAAACUGUCAGAUAUAUUUGACACUAGUUCUUCUAUACUUCUUUUUCAUCAUCAGAUAAAUCAAACAACAAAUGAAAAUAUUUUAAUUAGAAAAUUAUAA